AUGGUGUCUGAAGGAGGAGGAGCAGCAACAAAGGAACUUAGCCGAUGCUUCGAGAAGAUGAAGGAAAUGAAAAUGGGAGGAAUCGUGAUCACCGAGUGGAAAGAUAUUCCUUUGGAGCUUCUGAUGAGGAUCCUUAACCUUGUUGAUGAUCGGACCGUGAUCAUUGCUUCUUGCGUCUCCAGUGGCUGGAGAGAUGCUAUCUCCUUUGGCCUCACUCGUCUCUCUCUCUCUUGGUGCAAGAACAAUAUGAACAGUUUGGUUCUGUCUCUGGUUCCGAAAUUUGUCAAGCUUCAGACUUUAGUACUGAGACAGGACAAACCACAGCUUGAGGACAACGCAGUGGAAGCCAUAGCGAAUCACUGUCACGAGCUACAAGAUCUUGACCUAAGCAAAAGCUCGAAACUCACUGACCGUUCCCUCUACUCUCUGGCUCGAGGUUGCACAAACCUCACUAAACUCAACCUCAGCGGAUGCUCUUCAUUCAGCGACACCGCUCUCGCGCAUUUGACAAGGUUUUGCCGGAAGCUCAAGAUUCUGAAUCUUUGUGGUUGUGUCGAAGCUGUAUCUGACAAUGCUUUGCAGGCUAUUGGAGAAAACUGUAGUCAAAUGCAGUCGCUAAACUUGGGAUGGUGUGAGAAUAUAAGUGAUGAUGGAGUCAUGAGUUUAGCUUAUGGAUGUCCUGAUUUAAGAACCCUUGACCUCUGUGGCUGUGUUCUUAUUACAGAUGAGAGUGUGGUGGCUUUGGCGAACCGGUGUGUGCAUUUGAGGUCACUGGGUUUAUACUACUGCAGAAACAUAACCGACAGAGCAAUGUACUCGCUGGCUCAGAGCGGAGUGAAGAACAAGCACGAGCUGUGGCGCUCGGUUAAGAAAGGCAAGUUCGACGAAGAAGGACUAAGAAGCCUCAACAUUAGCCAGUGCACUUACCUAACACCUUCAGCUGUUCAAGCCGUCUGCGAUACAUUCCCUGCGCUCCACACUUGCUCCGGCAGGCAUUCCCUCGUCAUGAGCGGUUGCCUGAAUCUAACCUCUGUUCACUGCGCCUGCAUCCUCCAGGCUCACCGCACCCACACCUCUUUCCCUCACCCGGCUCAUUGA